AGUUGAAAAAAAAUAUUUUUAUGGAUACGAGUGAAGGUUAUUUGGUUAUAAUUUCGGGAGCAAUAACAGUCGGUCAACUCUACAACAGUUGGUAAACUUUACAAGAACAGAGAUUCUUUCAUCCAAUGAUGAUUUUUUAUCAAUGACAAAAAAUUUAGAAAUUUCAGUUUACCAAUAGAAUGGAUAAUAAUAUUAUAAGUUUUCCUCAUCAAAUAAGUUUUCCUUGUUAAAUUUGACUGUUAAUGCCAAUUGACAAUGACUGCCAAUUUUUCUUGUUUGCUGAUAAUGAUGAUGGCAGUGGUGACCUGUGACUGACUGCCGAGAGGAGCUGGAGAAAUUGAUUACAAUUACAAAUAAUUUUUUUAAAAGGUUCAUCUUGUUUGUUGUGUCUUUUCUAUACGUAUAGUGCAAGUUACAUGCAUUUAAGAUUAAUAAAAGACUUUAUUCGAGUGUCUGACACCUAACUUAUAAAUCGGUUUUCCUGCCUUUUCACGUAGAAUAUCUAUUCAGAUACGUUACUGCAGUGUUGUUUUUAUAAUUUUAGGUUAUACGUAAAUCUACUUAUACCACUGCACAACAACUAAGAUUGUAUUACAUUUUUUAUUAUGUUCAUGUAGUUUCCUGUUUUUAAAUACGCUAUACGAAAUUAUUCAAGCUGAAGAAAUUUCGAAAAUUUAAAUAUUCAAAAAUGAAUAAUGCCGUGCGGCAACUUGCUAUUCUGGCGAAUUCUGGAGGAUCUCAUAAGGAUCAAGCUGAAAAAUACAGAAGCAUUCUGGAAGGUUUACUGAAAUCAACUGGUACUGAGUUGGUAGAAUCUCUGAAGAUCUUUAUUGAAGCGAUUGUAAACGAAAAUGUCAGCUUAGUAAUUUCUAGACAAAUUCUAACUGACAUUAGCAACCAGCUAACAACUCUACCCGAUGACAUUUCAAAAGCUGUUUCUCACUACACACUUGAUAAGGUACAACCAAGGGUGAUUUCGUUCGAAGAACAAGUGGCCAGCAUAAGACAACACUUGGCACUGAUCUAUGAGAGAGAGCAAAACUGGCACGAAGCCGCCAUUGUUCUGGUUGGCAUACCACUGGAGACAGGACAAAAGCAGUACUCUGUCGACUACAAGCUGGAGACCUACAUGAAGAUUGCCAGACUCUACUUGGAAGACGACGACCCCGUGCAGGCGGAGGCCUUCAUCAACCGUGCCUCGCUCUUGCAGGCCGAAUCCAAAGACGAGAAGCUGCAAAUCUAUUACAAGGUGUGCUACGCCAGAGUGCUCGAUUACAGGAGGAAAUUCAUUGAAGCGGCCCAACGCUACAAUGAGUUGUCCUAUCGUACAAUCAUUCACGAAGAUGAGAGAAUGAGAGCUCUGCGAAGUGCUGUCAUCUGCACCAUAUUAGCGUCUGCUGGUCAACAGAGAAGUAGAAUGCUGGCCACACUUUUCAAGGAUGAGCGAUGUCAACAGUUGCCGGCCUAUUCGAUUUUGGAAAAGAUGUACUUGGAUCGCAUCAUUAGACGCUCGGAGCUGCAGGAGUUUGAAGCUCUCCUGCAAUCUCACCAAAAGGCCCUCACUCCUGAUGGCUCCACGAUUUUGGAUAGAGCUGUCAUUGAACACAAUCUAUUGAGUGCUAGCAAGCUGUACAAUAAUAUCACAUUCGAAGAAUUGGGAGCACUCUUGGAAAUUCCUCCCAUCAAAGCUGAGAAAAUUGCAAGUCAGAUGAUUACCGAAGGUCGUAUGAACGGAUACAUCGAUCAAAUUGACUCGAUUGUUCAUUUUGAAACCAGAGACGUCUUGCCGGCCUGGGACAAGCAGAUCCAGUCGUUGUGCUAUCAAGUCAAUCAAAUAAUUGAGCGAAUUACCAGCAUUGAAAAUGAUUGGAUCUUGAAAGCAAUGGAAGAUCAAAUGGUUCACUAAUUAUUAUUCAUUGAUAUAUUUUUAUUAUUUUCUAUACAGAAUUCAACAGCAAGAAUUAUCAACUUUCAAAUUAAAUAAUCUAUGUACUUAUUCUAAGGAGUUUGAAAUGUUUGUUCUUAUAAAUGAAACAUAUUUUGAAAAGGAUUAGAUAGUUUUACUUUUACAGAGAGUGAUAUCAACUAUGGUUUUUAUGAAAGGAAGAAUGUUCCGGUACGAGAAAGCGAACUUUCAAAACUGAUCAGUUCUUAAUAUAAAUAGAAGAGAAUGAACGUGGUUAGAUAAUUCAGAUAAGAAAUUUGGAAAUGUACCAAAACCGAUUGAGUUGUAGUCUGAACCCAGACAAUAGUCUACGCAACACCUUUGCAUGUGCUUGCCAACUAACCUUUUUGCCAGUCGAAAUAACUUCUGUAAAUGAAUGUGUGUAAAAUGGAAAAAUUUCGAGAACAAAUAAAAUGUCUACAUGAGAAAGGUUAGUCUCUCAAUCUAGUUUUUUCCUAUUCAUUUUCUUUUUAAUCAUAAAUAUUUCUUGAAUUAUUAAGUACGUUUUUUCUAACAUUUUAAAGUCAACAUAAAACUCACAAUAUAGAUUGUUGUUACUCGCUAUCAAUAAGCUGAAUGAAUUAAAUAUGAUUGAUGAUCACUCUUA